AACUCUGAAAACACACAGACCUUUGACUCCGCAGGAUCCGACAGGGAAACACUAGAUACUUUCUCUUUCUGUCAUGCCAAUACGCUGCAAAACUUUGUCCGAAUAUGACAUCCAACCUUCCUAUCGGCCCCAAUUAUAGCCAGCUGGACGAAAACGCAUCUGAAAACAGACAUGCAAAAGGACAGUACAUCUUCUACUUGAUUCUGACUUUUAUUUUAAGCACUGAGACGUUUAUCACAGCUUGUCUUCUUUAUGACUACUCCAGAGAUAUUCACAGAACUAGUGAAAUGGUUGUAGAUGGAGGGUUUCCAAUACACUGUCUCUCCACAAAUCUCAGCCAACCGGCAGAUCAACCAGGAAUCACAAGUUGUAACUUGUUCAAUCAAGAACUGAAACAAACUGCACAUCAGAGGCUGCUGUUAGACAUACAGAAUUAUCUGCUGGAAACAUUUGGAGAACAUAACAUCACUGAGAUUUUCAGACCUGCUGUGCACGUCGGGGCAAAACAAGACCUUAAACAAUAUCAAAGUCUGCAGAUAAAUGACGAGGUUCCUCCACUGGGUCGCAUUCAGUGGGACAACAUGAAUGGCCAGAUCAUCCAGGAGGGGUUAAUGCGGCUGAGUCCCGACGGUGAAAUAGUGGUGCCCCUAAGCGGAAUUUACUUCGUUUACUCUCAGGUUAAUUUCGAAACACAGUUAGGACAGAAUGUGCAUUUUACGCAGUAUUUAUACAAGAGGACAGCGUACCAUCCUCGACCUGUGCUGCUCUCCAAAGCCACAGUGACUCCAUGCGCGAGCGUCAGAUAUGGUGUACAGCUUUAUUCCAACCACCAGGGGGCGCUGUUCCGCUUACAAAAGGGCGACAGGCUCUCACUGUACGUGCUGGACACAAGCGCAGUACGUUUCCCUCAGGAAGCCACGUACUUCGGGGCAUUCAUGAUUAAAUAAGCUAUAUACCGCUGUGUUUUGAUUAAAUUUACUGCUUACAGGGAUUAUAUAUUUUUGUGUUUUCCAGAUAAUAUAAUCAAAUAUUUAUUGUGAUGUACAACAGGUUGUUUUUACAUAUAAAGAUUAAAUAAAAGUAUUU